AGUUGCCGCUCUAUGCCGGGGCCGCCGCAUGCGCCCUGCCUCUCACGGUUUAUAAUUAGAGCAGCGCUCGUGCAGCAGCGAGGGACACCUUGAUCUGCUUCCCGCACUGGGGUCCGUGGCACGGGCCGAGACGCUCCGCUUCGCUCGACGCGCGGCCGUUCUGCCGCUCCUCGUGUCCCAGCUGCUGCUGCUGCCCGCGCCGGAUUACUCUCUCCAUGGUGAACAUGGCGAAGGUGAUGUACACGGGAGUGUCGCAGAUCCGCUCCAUGUGGGAGACCCGCAUCACCAAGCAGAAGGUUCGACAGCAGCGGGAGCAGGAGCGCAAGGCCAAGAGCGCCAUUGAGAGGUUACGGGCAGAGUGGCACACGCACGUGGAUGUCGCCGCCGUGAAGGAGAAAGUGACGCGGGACGAGAGCCGCGUGGCGCUCCGUGUGGAGGGGGAGGACUGGAGGGCUCUGCCGCAGGCCUUGCAGGACAUGGUCGACCUCAACGAGCUCCGCGUCCUCAACAGCCGCCUCCACGUUCUUCCGCGUUUCGUGGCGAACUUCAAAAGGCUACAAACCCUGGACCUGUCCAAAAACUGCCUCCAGGAGCUUCCCAAAGAAAUAGGCCUCCUGACAGGGCUGCAGCAGCUGCUGCUGAGCUACAACCAGCUGCGCCGCGUGCCCGCGGAGCUGGGCGACUGCGAGAGCCUGCAGAGGCUCGACCUCUCCUCCAACAACUCCCUGCACGAGCUGCCCUACCAGCUGAGCUCUCUGAAGAAGCUGGUGCUGCUCGAUCUGUCGGUGAACAAGUUUUCGUCCGUGCCGAUCGCCGUGUUACGCAUGAGUGGCCUCCAGUGGCUGGACAUGAGCAAGAACCAGCUGCAUGAACUGCCCCAGGACAUUGACAGGCUCGAGCGAGUGGAGACCAUGCUGCUGCAUCACAACAGCAUCCGCUACCUGCCCCUGGCGCUCGGCGACAUGGGUGAGCUGCGCACGCUCGUGGUGAGCGCCGACCAUCUGGUGCAGGUGCCCACGCUGCUCUACAAGCUGCCCCACCUCAAGAUCCUGGACAUGCGAGAGAACCGGCUGCAGGAGAUGAGCACCGCGGGGCGGACGUCCCCCCCACCGCCCAACAGGCGGCUGCAGGCCGUCGACGCGGAGCAAGAGGACAUGGGGAAGGAGUUCAUGACGUCGUACUUCCAGGACCUGCAGAAGAGAGAGACGGGCCCAGAGUACACCACCGUGGUCUCCCUGAGUCUGCAGCUCGGCUAACGUCGUCGUCAGCAGCGGCCCAGCGGCUGCGUCACACCUUCAGUAUCGCGUUCAGCCCCAAGUGCCUCCGCCCUUUCCCUGGGAUCGCACCAUUCCAUUGAUGGGCGCACUCAAUCCGACUGCUUACACCACAACAUGGACAAUGAA